AUGGGGAACUCCACGUCGUCGCUGAUCACCAAACAGGACCGGGCCAUUCUCCAGCUCAAGAAGCAGCGUGAUGCCCUCAAACAGCACCAGAAAAAGGUGACGUUUGCCAUCGCCCACGACACCGACCUCGCCAAACUGGCGGUGGCGGCUAACGAUCCCCAGCGGGCCAAAUUCUAUUUGAAGCUCAAACGUCAACAACUGGAUAUGCUCACUAAAGUACAAGGCCAGCUUGAGACUAUCGAAGGGUUAAUUGGCACCAUCGAGUUCAAAUUGGUGGAGAAGGAAGUGAUGGACUCGCUCCAACAAGGUAACCAAGUACUUAAGGAACUCAACCUGCAAGUGAGUGUGGAGAAGGUCGACGAAAUCAUGGAUACCAUGAAUGACGAGCAAAUCAGAACCGCGGAAGUCACCGACGCCCUUGGCCUUGGUGGUUUCGAUUAUGAUGUUGAAGACGAGCUUGCCGCGCUUGAGCGUGAAGCUAACCCCCCGACUAAGACUUCGGUGGCUCCACCUACCAAAGUGGCGAUGCCCGAUGCCCCCGAACUGGAGCCCCAGCUGCUUCCACAACCGCCUACACACGAGCCGCAACUGCCCCAAAAGCAGGCGGCGGCGCCGGCGCCGCUUCCGGCGUGA